AUGUCCCUCUCCAUCUUCCUCCUAUGGCUUCUCAACAUCCCUCUCCUCACUCACUCCCUCGCAGUUCCUGACGUUAGAGGCUAUCUCAUAAACUGUGGUGGGGGGGAGUCAGAGUUAGACAUGGGCAGCCUGAAGUACAUAACGGACGAGGGAUUUACGUCAGCUGGCAACAGAAGCAGCGUGAACCACCCAAACCUACUGCCCAUCCUAUCCACAUUGCGGUAUUUUCCUGACGCCUCAGCACGGAAAUACUGCUACGUGAUUCCCGUGAUCAAAGGAGGGAAGUACCUGGUGAGGACGGUGUAUUACUACGGAGGUUUCGAUGGAGGGAAAGAGCCGCCGGUGUUCGACCAGAUCGUCGAUGGAACGAAGUGGAGCACGGUGAACACGACGGAGGACUACGCCAGCGGACUCAGCUCGUAUUACGAGCUUGUGGUGGUGGCGAUGUGGAAGAUGCUGAGUGUUUGCUUGGCGAGGAACGAGAGGACCGUUUCCAGCCCCUUUAUCUCCGCUCUUGAGGUGGUGUUCUUGGAGGACUCCAUGUAUAACACCACCAACUUCGGCAUGUAUGCGCUUAGCACGGUUGCAAGGAGUAAUUUUGGAAGUGAUGGGGACUUGAUCUGUUAUCCAGAUGACCAAUUCAACCGGUUGUGGCAACCAUUUAAGGACCAUAACCCUGCAGUCACAAGCCACUCCAGCGUAACUUCUUCAGACUUUUGGAACCUCCCACCGGCGAAGUCAUUCGAAAAUGCAAUCACAGCAAGCCGAGGAAAGGAGCUGCGUAUGCGGUGGCCGCCGGGGAAUCUCCCUGAGACUAGCUACUACAUCUCGCUCUAUUUCCAGGACAAUCGGACGCCAAGCCCACAAAGCUGGAGGGUCUUCACCGUUUCUUUGAAUGGCAAGAAUUUCUACACCGAUCUUAAUGCCACGACCAGUGGCGUGACCGUCUACGCCGCUCGCUGGCCUCUUUCUGGGCAGACAGAAAUUGUCUUGACUCCUGCAGAUGGGAUGCCUGUUGGUCCUCUGAUCAAUGCAGGUGAAAUUUAUCAGAUCUUGCCUCUUGGUGGAAGGACUCUCGCCAGAGACGCUUUGGCAAUGGAUGAGUUGGCAAGAAACUUGAACAACCCACCAUCCGAUUGGAGUGGCGACCCUUGCUUGCCUAAAGAGAAUUCAUGGACUGGAGUAACGUGUUCUAGUGGAAAAUUUUCUCGCAUUGUCACCAUUGAUCUAUCUAAUGUUGGGAUCAGUGGGUCAAUUUCUUCAAGCAUUGCCAAGUUAACUGCACUCACCCAUCUUUGGCUUGGGGGGAACAGACUGUCGGGCACCAUCCCUGAUAUGAGCUCAUUGAAGACACUACGAACUCUGCAUUUGGAGAACAAUAAGUUUGAAGGACAAAUUCCUGAAUCACUAGCCCAACUUGCAAAACUACAUGAGAUAUUCCUUCAAUAUAACAAUCUUUAUGGUGAAAUUCCACCCGCGCUACUAAGGAGAAAAGACAUGUUUAUUCAGGUGUUCCCUGGAAAUAAUGUGAAGAAACCAGCAUAAUUGUAGUGAAGAUGGAUAUUGGAUGGAAGAGGCC